AUGUCCUGGCGACGCGUCCGCAUCCGCAAGAACGACCCCAAGAUCACGCUUCCCGUCGUGCCGGACAGCGAGCGGAUCGACCAGGCCUACUCGAAGCAGGUCGUUCCGCCACGCGGAAGCGACGACAGCGCCGUGCAGAACUUUGUCGCGCCGAGCCGUCGUGACGUCGCAGCAGCAGAGCGGUCCAAGCACGGCCGACACGUCGCCCGCCUGAUCAACGAGCACGAUGGAUGGUACCUGCGCGCACACCGCGAGGACGACAACGUCAUGGGCCACUACGGCGACCCGGACCACGACCCGCACUACCAGUCGAAGCAGGCGCACGCCAUGGAGGACUCGCGGUGGAACCUCAUGCGCCCUCGCCUCGACCACUACGCUCGCGCCGCCUUUCCUCGCCUCGACACGACCGAUGCCGACUUUGCCGAUCGCUACCGUACGACCGAGGCCCGCCUCGACCGCCUCGAGCGCUACGUCGGUCAGACGGACUGCGAGGCCCUGCACGUCAAGUUCGACCACGACAUCGACGAGCUCGACGAGCGCCUGCGCGUCGUGAGGCCCGAGAGCCUCGACUUUGAGCAGCAGCUGCGGCAGCUCAACAAAGAGUUCGAGCUCGACAAGCUGCUCCUCGUCCGAUACUUCUUCCUGCACCACGUCACGCAGCGGCACGGCCCGGCGGGCAGCACGCGCUACCUCGACCUGACCGAGGAAGAGGUUCGCCAAGCGUACCGAGACGCCGUGCAAGAGUCCGAUAAGGCCCGGGCCAAGCCGCACAUGCUCGUCGACCAGUACGAGCUCCGCACGCAACCGUCCCAGGCGCGAUACUGGUCCGUCUACCUGGCGCACGUCAUCGAGCGGCAGUACCGCAGCUUGACGCCCGACGACCGGCACGCCGAGCUCAUGCGCGAGCGCCGCGUCGUGACGCACAAGGUCGUGUCGAGGGUGCGCGCCAACCCGCCGAUGAACGCCGACGACGCGCAGAAGGAGCUCCACGAGGCCUAUGCCGACAUGCGCGCCAUGACGCCUGAGGCCCUCAAGCGCGCCUACUUCAUGCUCUCGGGCGGGCGCAACAGGCCGGCGUCCGUCGCCGACUCGACCCACACCGACACGGCGACCGAGCGCUCCGUCUCGCCGCCGCCCGACGAGCCCGAGCACGAGCACGAGCACGCGCACGAUGGCGACAUCUCACCACGAACCCGGCCCGCCGACGCCGGCUACUUCCGCCACCACCACCCCCACGACGGCAGCGAGCGCCGCCCGCCGACGCCUUACCCGCCUCCCCAGCCUGCCGACGGCUCCAUCUCGCCUCUCUCGUCCCACCCGUCCCACUCGUCCCUCUCGUCCGGCGCCGGCGUCGUCCCCCUCCUCGACCGCCCGCCGCCGCCCUCCCUUCCCUUUCCCCCUCACCGCGCCUCGACCCCGCUCGACCCGCUCGCAGCGGUCCCUACGCGCCCGCACGUCGCGUCGAAGACGUCGCGGUGGUUCCGCGGCGCGAGCGGCCAGGGCCCGUCCGACUGGCAGGAGCGGGGCGACGCUGCCGAGCGACGGCUGGCGGCGCCGAAGAACGUGCCGACGCACGCUGCGCUUCGGCGCAUGUCGAUGUCCCGGCACCAGAUCCCUGACGAGCAAGUACCGGAGCGGUCGUCGAGCUUGCCGCAGCGCAGGCCCUAG